AUGAAACUUGAUACUACCAUUUACUUUAUGAUUACCUUUCUCCUUUCGAAUUUGAUCCAAUUUAGCAAACAGGCUGAUCCGACGAUGUUAUGCACUCAGGGUUAUGCCGCUCGACCAAAGAUCCCAAAUUCGAGUUCUGCGCCAGUCCGCUGCGCCGAUGAUAAGUCAAUCUCGACUUAUGAUAUCACUCAAUGCUCACAAAAUGCUCCAAAACCACCUGUGGGGAUGAACUGCUUGAAUCACUAUAGAGGAGCCCCAUGUGAGCAGUAUGCACUUGACCGCCCAAAUCAACCAAAACCAUUUACUUGUUAUCGCAUAAAUAAGAAAGCAAAAACCAAUCCUAAUAAGGCUUUUCAAUGUGAUAACAUAAACAAUUACAUGAAAUGUACAGGUUAUGCUUCAGUUGUCUGCCUGAGAUCUCAAGGGUGUACUUGGUAA